AUGUCCCCGUCAGUCCUAAGGGCCCUGACGCUCUCCACCGCCAUGAAGUGUGCCCCCCACGACGGCUGCUCCCUGCUGCUGCGUGUGCAGGCCUCCUUCAUGCUGCAUGAGAGCCUGCGGGGCCUGGAGGCCUGCUUCAUGAGCCUCAACACCCAGGAGACACACUGUGACAGCGUGCGGGUCCCCAGGGCCUCUCGCCGGCUGCACGUGGGGCAGCAGCUCCAGGUGCACUUUGACUGCUUUGAGGUCAGCGUGGCUGAGAGACUCUAUGUCACCCUGAGGACCAUCCCCCACUUCUGUAAGGUGCAGCUGGAACAGCAGUACCAAGUGGAAGCCAGGAAGCUGUCCUACUGGGUGGACCGCAGCCGCAAGGUCUUUCUGGUCCAGGUGCCGGAGGCCUCUGGGGGCACCGACUACUACCUGCGGCUCUGCCUCAAGUGGUUCACCUGUGAGGCCGUAGGCGAGCUGGUGCAGGUGACAGCGAACAGUGUCUCUGGGACGGUCUCUCUGCCCUACAGCCAGGAGCUGCCCUGCCUGUGCCUCGAGAGCUGGUCUGCGACCCCAGAUGCUGUGCGGACCCAGAUCUGCCCCUUUGAAAAUGACACGGAGGCGCUGUGGAAGGCCAUCCACUACCACCCAGGGACCCGGGCACUGAGCUGGGAGCCUGCCUGUCCCGUGAGCGGCCACGUGAGCCUGUGCUGGUGCCCAGAUCCAGGGGCCCCCUGCCAUGAGCUGGAGCACUCACACCGGCCUGCACAUGGCAGGGUGCAGUACUCACCGGUGGACACCCAGCCCCAGCUCUGCCUCAAGUUCUCCACCAGCCUGGGCUUCUGGGUGAGGUGCCCUUUCCAACAGCCACGCUUCCCAGGUGAGCUUACCCAGGAGGCUGGCUGUGCCCUUUGCAGCAUGGAUGCAGCAAAUACCAGAGAGACAGGACCCUGGAAGAUGACCAUCCAGCCAGCACCCUCCCGGACCCACCUCCGGGUCACCUUCUUCUCGCCCAGCCCCGCCUGCUUCCAGGUGUGCCUGUGUCAUCGAAGGAAGACCUGGGCCCUUGCCUGCCACCGGACAUUCCAGGCCACCACCCUCCCUCCAGGCUCUGUGAGCCAGGCUGGCCUCACAGUGGAGUCUGCCUUUGUGGACAUUCCCAGGGACAAGGCCUGUGGGCCCGACACUUGCAUCCAGGUGGUGGGCUGGAGAACGGAUGUGGACUUCUCAGUGCCUGAGCAGCUGUGUGACAUCCAGUGCGGUGAGUGCCUGAGCUGGGCUUCAGCCACGGGGGCCAGUGAGAGGAGCCCCAGGGGGCUGCAGGAGGCGGAGUGA